AAUCGAUCUUGUGGCCGGAGCCAGCCAGACCAGCCAUGGAGGAUUCCGCAGCGUGGCCGGAGCCGGUGGUGCGGGUGCAGUCCUUGUCGGAGAGCGGCGUGGCCACCAUCCCGGACCGCUACGUCAAGCCGGAGCACGACCGGCCUUCGCCGUCCGACUGCUCCUCGUCCGCGACCUUGGCGUCGUCCAUCAACGGCGUGAUACCGGUGGUGGACCUGUCGUCGCCCGACGCGCGGCGUGUGGUGUCGGAGGCGUGCCGCGAGUGGGGCUUCUUCCAGGCGGUGAACCACGGCGUGCCGCUCGACCUCCUCCGGCGCGCGCGCGCCGCGUGGCGCGGCUUCUUCGGCCUCCCGCUGGAGCUGAAGCAGCGGCACGCGAACUCGCCGGCGACGUACGAGGGGUACGGCAGCCGGCUGGGCGUGGAGCGCGGCGCCGUGCUGGACUGGGGCGACUACUACUUCCUCCACCUCCGCCCGCCCAGCGUGCUCUCCGCCGCCGACAAGUGGCCCGUCCUCCCUCCCGAUCUCCGGGAUGCGACGGAGGAGUACGGGAGAGAGGUGGCGGCGCUGUGUGGGCGGCUGCUGGCGGCGAUGUCGUCCGGGCUGGGCGUCGGUGAAGGACGUCUGCAGGAGGAGUUCGGCGGCGAGGAAGGCGCCGGGGUGUGCGUGCGGGUGAACUACUACCCGCGGUGCCCGCAGCCGGAGCUGACGCUGGGUCUGUCGUCGCACUCGGACCCCGGCGGCAUGACGGUGCUCCUCGCCGACGAGCGCGUGCGGGGCCUCCAGGUGCGCGGGCACGGCGGCGAGUGGGUGACCGUCGACCCCGUCGCCGACGCGUUCAUCGUCAACGUCGGGGAUCAGAUCCAGGUGCUGACGAACGCGACGUACCGGAGCGUGGAGCACCGCGUGAUGGCCAACGCCGGCGACGAGCGGCUGUCGAUCGCGACAUUCUACAACCCCAGGAGCGACCUGCCGCUGGCGCCCAUGGCGGAGCUCGUCUCCCCGCCGGAGAGGCCUUCGUUGUACAAGCCUAUGACCUUCGACGAGUACAGGCUCUAUAUCCGGAGGAAGGGGCCCCGCGGGAAGAGCCAGGUGGAGUCGCUCAAGGCGGACGGAGACAGAUGAUGAUCCAUAAUAAGAUGAUGAUCCAUAAUAAAAUGUUUAAGGAUCAUCUCAAGUUCUCUUGGUCUACCUAGUAGAAAUAAAAGUGAAUAAUUUAGGGCUCGGUUCAGUUGAGGAGAUGAGAAUGAGAUGUUGUACCAACUAGUUCAAGAAGAGAGAUCAUGCUUAACGCAUGGUGUCGUCAUGGAAAUGCAUCACUAAUUCAUGGCA